AUGCCAAGCCCGCCAUUCUUCGACCUGCUAAAUGCGCUGGACUCGCUGAACAGCAACGAAAAAUAUGCCACAUUCAACAUAAUCAAUACUCCGUAUAAGAAGACUCCUGAUGGUCUGUGCCAAAUCGCGACGGAUAUUCUGAUUCCGCGAACAUUACGCGAUGGCAAUGUUUCUGGUCAGCGACCUGUGAUUAUUCGAAUCCAUGGAGGAUUUCUAGUAACGGGGUCAAGUUUGUACGCUCCCUGGUUCAACACUUGGAUCCUCGAUUAUGCGAUUCAAAAUGAUGCAAUCAUUAUCUCGCCCAACUAUAGACUACUCCCGGAAGUGACAGGAAAUCAGAUACUGGAGGAUAUUCACGACCUCUGGAGCUGGAUUCAUGACGGCUCGGUCGACCAAGUGAUGCAGGACGCUGGCCAUCAGGGACUAGCCUUGAACCUCCAGUCAAUCCUUCUAGUGGGAGAGAGUGCAGGAGGAUAUCUUGCGACGCAGCUCGCAAUAUCAUACCCAUCCCAAAUCCGGGCUUUGAUCGCCGCGUAUCCAAUGCUUGACUUGGAAUCGACAUUCUACACUAAAGCCUUUUCAAAACCCAUUGUGGGAGUCCCUAAUAUUGCAGAAUCAGUUGUCGACAAGCACUUAGCCAUGAUCGCUGCGAUGAGGCAAAACCGAGUCUCCUGCAUCACCGCGGCAAAUCCACCGAAUCGGCUAGAACUUGCUUUUUCCAUCAUCCAAAAUGGACGAUUUCUAGAAGUAUUCGGAACCAGGAGAUACUUGUUUCCAAUGUUACGAAUUGAGGACGAACUUAAACGAGAUCCGAGCUUUCGACUACCGCCAAUAUGUAUUCUUCACGGGGAACAAGACUCUGCAGUGCCGGUGGAAGGAUCGAGGACCUUUGCGCAGUUCGUACAAAAGACCAUGCCAGGCAGCGAGUUAAUUCUCCACACGCAGGACGGAGACCAUGGGUUCGAUGCACUGGCAACGUUGGAUAUGCCCUGGUUGAGGAAUGGACUGGCGAUGAUUUCACGGGAGUGGCUAGGAACAUGUAAUUCACAUCUUUAA